AAAAAAAAAAAUAAAUAAAAAUAUUUCAUAUCAAAUCAUAUCUACAAAAACUUUGAAUGAAGAUUCAAUCAUCAUCAUUCGAUAAUUUCGAACUAAACGAUAAUAACAAUAUGGAUGACGAUACUGUACAGGAUAAAGAACGUUUUGCAAGAGAAAAUCAUAGCGAAAUUGAACGUCGUCGUCGUAAUAAAAUGACAGCAUAUAUAACAGAAUUAUCUGAUAUGGUACCAACAUGUUCAGCAUUAGCAAGAAAACCAGAUAAAUUAACAAUAUUACGUAUGGCUGUUGCACAUAUGAAAUCAUUACGUGGAACUGGAAAUACAAAUAAUGAUGGAACAUAUAAACCAUCAUUUUUAACUGAUCAAGAAUUAAAGCAUUUAAUUUUAGAAGCAGCAGAUGGUUUUUUAUUUGUUGUUUCAUGUGAUUCUGGUCGUAUUAUUUAUGUAUCGGAUUCGGUUACACCUGUUUUAAAUCAUUCACAAUCAGAUUUUUUUAAUACUUGUAUUUAUGAUUUAAUUCAUCCGGAAGAUGUGGAAAAAGUUCGUGAACAACUUUCCACACAAGAAUCACCAAAUGGUGGUCGUAUUUUGGAUCUUAAAACCGGAACUGUUAAAAAAGAAGGACAUCAAUCAUCGAUGAGACUUUGUAUGGGUUCACGUCGUGGUUUUAUUUGUCGUAUGAAAAUUGGUAAUCUACCAUUAGAUGCAAUAUCACCAAAUCAUUUACAUCGUAUUAGACAACGUAGUGGUCUUGGUGCUAGUAUUGAUGGUAAUCAUUAUGCUGUUGUCCAUUGUACUGGUUAUAUAAAAAAUUGGCCACCAACUGGUGUACAAAUUGAACGUUUAGAUAAUAAUGAUGAUAAUCAUCAUCAUCAGGUUAAUAAUUGUUGUAUGGUUGCUAUUGGCCGAUUACAAGUAACAUCAAUACCAAAUACAAAUGAUUUAAUGACAACCAAUGCAAAUAAUGAAUUUAUAUCAAGACAUUCAUUGGAUGGAAAAUUUACAUUUGUUGAUCAACGUAUUACAAAUAUACUUGGUUAUCAACCACAAGAAUUAUUAAGUAAAAUUUGUUUCGAUUAUUAUCAUCCGGAAGAUCAAAAUCAUAUGAAAGAAAGUUUUAAACAUGUUCUCAGCCUAAAAGGACAAGUUAUGUCGGUUAUGUAUAGAUUUCGUGCAAAAAAUUGUGAUUGGGUUUGGUUUCGUACAAGUAGUUUUGCAUUCCAUAAUCCAUAUACUGAUGAUGUUGAAUAUAUUGUCUGUACAAAUACAUCGACAAAAAAUAUGCAUCAUAAUGAUGGAAUUAUGAAUGAAGCACAAACAACAACAACAACUAUAUCAUCUGCAAUUGAUAAUGGACAACAACAACAACAACAACAUUAUGGCCAACAACAACAACAACAGCCUGUAACACAUCAACAACAUAUGGGAACAACAAUGAAUAUUAAUCCAAUAACUAAAACAGAUUCUCCGAUUGAUUCAUAUAAUCUACAUCGAAUUAAUGAUUCUUCUAUGUAUAAUCAAAUGCCAUAUUCUAUUUAUACGGAUCCAAAUGUUAUUGGUUAUAAUCCAAAUGGUUUAUUAUCAACAACAACAACAACAAUGAAUCAAACAGAAAUGUCAACAACACAAAAUAAUAGUCCAUCAUUGAAUAAAAUGGUGGUAACAAGUUCAUCGAAUGAAUCUUGGGCAACAAGAAAUAUGACUAGAACCGAAUCAACUUAUCCCAAUCAAUCUGGUGUUUAUAAUCAGGUUAGUCCAUCACGUAGUCCAUCGGCUGUUGCACCAACAUAUACACAACUUGGAACAACAACUACACGACCACCAGCAAUGUGGACACAAUGGUCACAAAGUGGUGGUAGUGUUAAUGAACAACAUCAACAAUCACCACAACAACAACAACCACCAUCGAAUAAUACAAUAAUCACUGGACCACCGCAUGCAAAUUCACAACAAUCAUCUCAACAACAACAACCACAAUCCGAAAUGGAAAUGUUACAUAUGUUAGGACAACAAGAUCAAAAUUCAUUUGAAGAUUUAAAUAUGUUUAAUACAUUUAAUGAAUGAUUUUGGUAAUCAUUAUUUUACAAACGAUUUAUACAAUCGACAUAAUCAAUUAGUUUAUCAAACAACUUAGUU